AUGGACGCCGACGCUGAAAAUCCGCUCGUUAAGGCUCUGCCUCCAGCUACAGAUUAUCUGACCUACCUGACUCUCCUUGAAUAUCAACUCACACCCAAGCGCCUGCCCUUGCUGCACCGGCUCUUGCAGGAUGAGAAACUUACUACCAACAUCGGUUGGGACUUGAUCAAGUUGCUUCUUCCCAUGCUGCCAGCAUCAACAGACUGCCUCCAUGAUGUAGCAAGAUUAGGAAAUCCUCGAGAGGUUAUUUUGCGGGUGUCCGAGGCCCUGAUGCAACUGCAACCGGACGACGACGACGAGAACCUCACAGAUGACGGAUCUGAAGACAAGCCUUUACCCAAACAUACUCUUCAAUUCAAUUGCCUGUUGGCAAUGCUGUCAGAGCUUCAUACCCGCAUUCAAACCAAAUCACCGAGCCGUUUCAUUGCGACCUCACUUCAAGCGGCCCUGGAAGCCUACACGUCCAUGCCGAGCGACGAGACAACCUUAGCCUUCCUCGAAUUCCUGCGCGACCUUUCUCCGAACAAACGGCCAGCCCCGCCUCCACGAUCUAACAGCCAGUCGACUGUUCUGCGCGUGAACUCAAUCUCUUCUGCCCCAGACCCGGAAGCAGAGGCGGACCCGGCUCUAGCCAAUGAGGCUAUCCUGGUUGAAAAAUUCAUUCAAUUUGGUCUAAUGGAAGUGCUCAAAGUUUAUCUGUUGAGUCACUCGAGUCCAAUGGAUCCAGGAAUUUCCUGGACGGUCCGAAUGCAGGAGCAUUUCCUUCCGGCGUUGAAAUUACCCGAACAGUCCCAGUCGGAUGCAUAUGCCAACACCAAAGAGUUGAAGGAACGUGAUAUGAUCAUGGGAAAGAUAGUGGCCUUGUCGCGAGACGUUGGAAUCGAAUCCGCAGAUCUCAUAUCCAUCAUCUCUAGAUCUCCCGAUGACCAGCCCCAGCCUCUGGAUUUCGAGGAACCGCCAACCUCCGCAAAUGAAAUUUCACUGGAGCGCCACGGCUCACUCUUGCUUCUUGCAGCUCGCGCUGCAGGAGCAACUUUGUUCAGAUCUGGUCAACCUGUACCAAGUAUACCAAUCUUCCCUGACCUAGCUUUGGUUUACAAAAAUUUCUUGGGAGAUACCGCGAGCUUGGACGAAGUUUCUUAUGGACAACCGCAAGCUCUUAUCGACUCACUCCUGGCAUUGACUGUCUGCGCCUUGCAAGAUCCGAUUCCAACACCAUCCAGCGACACCGAGUUCAAAAACUUCGUUAUCACAUUAACGGGCUGCACAUCCAACAAGGAGUAUGGUAUUGUGCGCCAGAUCCCGGCAACCAUAGUACACAGCUACCCAUCUGAAAUUGCGAGGUUCAAGCUCAUCCGAACAAUUCUGGGAGAUAAUCGCCUUCAGUCCGCUCGGGACAGCGCUGUCUCAUGGCUGAAGGAUGAGACUAUUGGGGCCACCUCCUCUAGCACAGUCUUCCACGACCCGAUCUACUUCUGGUCACUUUUCCCACUUCUCUUCCAGACGGUCAGGACCGCUACCUCUUCGAAGCUCAUUGACGGCUGGAUCAGUCUUACCCAGACUGAUGGACCAGCUCUCCACUCCGCACUCAGUUUUUACUUCUUGGUUCUCUCUUCUCCCCUGAGAGACCAACUUCAUCUAGAAAAGACCAUUCUUUCCUUCCGCAGUGAGGUUCUUGCCCCUCUCCGGCUCCUGUUCCGCACAUUUGAGGCAGAUCUUACUGCCAAUGGCGGCGAUGGAAUUGUUGAAUCAGCUGUUGGAGAAGAGAUGGCCCAGGCUGGUUUAGCUCGGUCUGUAGGCCUGAUUGGUCUGACGCUUGAUCAGAUUGAAGAUGCAAUUAAUGAGGCUUAUGGGACAGAUGAUGCUGAUUUGACAAAGUACUCUGAAGCAGAGGAGGCCAAGGCAGUAGGAGUUCGUCAAGAGACUGAAGUCUGGAACUAG